CCAAACUACCAUGCCGACAAGAUUCGACAUCAGACAAAAGGUAUUCAACCUCAUUUUCAAGGCUCAGCGGCGCAGCGCGAUGAACUUGAGCAGGUGUUGACCAUGACACAGGAUUUCCUUGAUGGCCGCCUGACACAAAACGAACUUCGAGAAAGUUUUUACUCACGAACGAAAACCCAGGAGCUGCCACCCGACCGACCCUUCGAAUCAGAAUCGGAGUUCACCGUCUUUGUGCUGAAGCAGCUCGGAACGUGGUACCGCAAAGAGAGCAACUACAUGGAAUAUCACUUCAUUGAGUGUUCACUGCGAUCGGCAAUACCUUCAAAGCACGACAUCGUCACCUCCCGCCAGCCUAACGCCGACCAAAAGAUUCGCAUACAGACAGAAGGCCACUGGGUGUUUGCACCAGUUGAGUACAGGAAGAAGCAAUUUAUCCUGGUCGGCAAACCAGAGUAUGCAGUCUGGUAUGGUGAUGUCAAUGAUACAGCAGUAAACGUUGUUAUUGUCCGAGCAAAGUCUCCACUUUCUGCCAGCGAAGGAAUUCCCCAAUGCCUUGCCUACAUGUCCAUGGUCCACCAACAUAGACGACGGGAGAAGAAAAAGAAUUGUACAGUGUACGGCGUGUCGGCGGACGCGCAAAUCUUCCUCUUCCUCAAAAUUGACGAAAAGUCAAGGUGGUCCAUGACUGGCCUUGAUGCUUUUACUGGCAACUUUGACCGUGUUCUUGGCAUGCUUGUCUAUCUUCUGCAGAAGGCGAGGGAGGCGUCACCCACACACUCAAAGGAGUCCUCCGCCCAGUCACACGUCAAGGGAUUCGGGGAUUCCAAGUGUUUGAUCAAGUCAUGGAUCCAAGACAAAGCUCUCCGCUUUCGGUUGCGGCGAACAGCCCAACCACGUCGACAAGUCCCACAGAUUCAAUACCUUCGAUUUAGUCCAUCCCAUCCUGAGCAUUCUCAAAUUCGACCACCUCCUCAGGAUUAUACAGGGGUACGUAACUGGACUACUUGUUGCCUCGCUCUUGGUCUUGCUUCUCGGAUAUUUUUGAAACUUGCCUGGGGAUAG